UCCACCACAGCCGCAUUAGCAACUUGUACAGCAUGCAGAUCUUCGUUGCAUUCGCUGUCAUCGUGCAGGCCUUGGCCACUCCUGCAAUCCAAGACCCAACCAGGCUGCGGACUCGCACUCCUUAUUUCCCUAACAUCGGGCACCCGCACGCUGGACCAGUGCAAGCUAUUCCCCAAUUUUAUCCCACAGCUUCACUCAAAGUUGCAGGGAAUCAUGCCCAUUCAGAUAAGAUCUUUCGAGAAAUUCCUCAAUUCUAUCCAGUAGCUUCACUAACGGGAAAUCCUUCGAACUUCGAAAACAACUUGAGGACUAUUACGGAAUUUGAUCCCAUUGCUUCAUUAGCUGAAGCGGGUAAUCCUUCAAAGUACGACGGUGGCCUCGAAAAAGUUCAAUCAAGUAAUUACUUCCCUUAUGCGAACGUCUACUCCAACCUACCGGCACUAAACUUCGUCUCCAGUUCGCUUCCAAGUGCAGUUCCAGGAGCGGCUCCGAUUACCUACAGUGCUGGUAGCAUCGUUCCUUUCCUUUCAGCGUUUGCAAAUGGCUACCCUAACAGCUUUAGAGCAGUUAACUUUCCGCAAAGUAAUUUCCUUGAAGAAAACGAAUUACUCAAGGCCUACGGUAACAAAAAUGUUUUCAUUCCGAAAAACAAAGCAAGCGAAUACGAAUCGCAAUUUGACUUCACCAGUCAAUACUCGACACCGUUCCAUGCUUUGGGUGCAAACACAAUCGACCGUUUCGGCUACGAAAACGAAGCGAUCCCACUGAAGAACCAUUUCUAUGACGAUGAUCAAGAUGUUGAUGAUGAUGAUGAAGUAGAUGACUAUGAUGAGGAUGAUUCUUCAUCUAUUCAUCAUCAAAGAAAUUUGGCAUUUGCUAAGACUCAACCCUUCAGCUUCGGUCAGAACCUAUUUACACAUGGACGUCAAUCGCUCAACUCGCCAGCUUCCCAACUCCCUGGUUCUACACAGUACUUUAUCCCACAAGAACAACUUUUUUCUUCACAUGGAGUACACAAAAGUAUCCCGUUGGCACAUGGAAAAGUGCCUGCAUCACACAUCGGUUCUCACACUGGACUUAUUGCCAAACCUUAUGCUGGAGUGCAUCCUGCAGCAGUUCCUGGAACACAUCGCCACCUCUAAUGUUGAGAAUUAAAAGCGUGGCUAUUACUGCUCAGCAAUAUUUUAUUAACAAAAGCUAUUGCUGCUCAGCAAUAUUUUACUAAAAAAAGCUAUUGCUGCUCAGCAAUAUUUUACUAAAAAAAGCUAUUGCUGCUCAGCAAAACUAUCACGCAAGAAAUUUCCCAGCUCUGGAACUGCACAUCUCCAUUUAUCGCAGGUUUAAGCAUCCCUAAUUAUGAAUAAAAAAAUGAAUUACUUUCUCUUUUUCUAUCUUCAAAUCAACCUAGAUUGUAGAUUAAUAACCAACCUGUUCUCAAUAAAAUUAUAACUCCCAA